GGUCAUCCAUAUCUUACCUCUCUCUAAUGUUCGAUGACUAUGUUCAGCAUGCGACAGCGCCGGCAGGUGGCCUAGUCCAUGGCACACAGGCACUUCCGCAUCUACAGUAUGAAGGUUUUGAACCAUCACCUUACAGCGAGGAUGAUGCCAGGGCGUCUGAUAUUAACCUGCAAGUGAAGGAGGAAAGCCAUUAUGCAGACCCGACUUCUCCUCUCGCUCCCGUUUUCGAUCUCGGCCGUGUUCAAUAUGCGCUCCCUGCCCCCUUAGUCUCUCUUGUCGUCUCCUCCGACAUGCUUGCUAUGGGUCUGUCCUCGAAUAUGAUUGUCCUAAUCGAACUCGCACAUGAAGAGCAUGUUGUGAAGAUUCAGAUCCCGCGCAAGCCCACAGAGAUGACGAUCCACAAAUUAUUCCUCGAUCCAUCUGGCAAGCACCUUAUCAUCGCCUCUCAACAAGGAGAGAAUUGGUAUUUGUUCAAAGGUUCAAAGAAGCCAAAACCGCUGAAGACGUUCAAGAUGGUGAUUGAAAGCAUCGCGUGGAACAGAGCUGCUUUGCUAUCCUCCUCUCACUUGACAUCUACACGCGAGAUGCUCAUAGGCGCUAGGAAUGGAACAAUCUAUGAAGCCUUGUUGGAUGCCGAGGAGGACUUCUUCAAGUCUCAAGAUCGAUACAUUCAAGCCGUGUUCACACUCCCAGAACGGCACCCUGUCACGGGUAUCAAAUUCGACUUCCUCUCUCCGAUUGACCCCAAAAAGGCACUUGUCGUCGUCACCACGCAGUCGAGAAUAUAUCAAUUUGUUGGUUCUCUGGACCGACGCUCGGACGAUGGCGGUCGAGUCUUCAAUGGACUGUUUGCAAGCUAUCGGGAUACGGCUCCAAAGAUUUUGGAAUUGCCUGGGAAUCUUCAACAUUCUGAGCUGCACUACUGGACGCCGAAUGCUGAUCAAGCUCAAUCUCUCCCCAAGGAAAUGGCAUGGAUGACAGGUCCUGGUAUCUACCAUGGCAACCUGAAUUUUGAGUCAACCUCGGACGAUUUUAUUGAUAACACACAGCUAUUCCAUUAUCCAACAUUCACGAACUCACCCAGCGGCUCCCUUGGAGAUGCGCCCUUAUUGGAUCCACCAACGUCAAUAGCCCUCACAGAGUUCCAUUUUGUGUUGCUGUACUCCGACCGAAUAGCAGGUAUAUGCAUAUUGGAUGAGAAGCUCGCAUACGAGGAAAUAUUACCCCUUAAACCUGGUGAGCAAGUGCGCGGGCUGACGGCAGAUUCAGUACGGAAGACCUUCUGGGUAUACACUGACCAAUCGCUGUUUGAGCUGCUGGUCAAAAACGAAGAUCGUGAUAUUUGGAAGACGGCCUCCCAGCGAGACCACAUACUCUCUGCACAGGCCAAUGCGUUCUUCAGGGAGGGACAUUAUUUCCAAGCUGCCCAGUCCUAUGCGCAAUGUUCUGUUACGUUUGAAGAGGUGACGCUCAAAUUCCUCGAUGUUGACGAACGCGACGCACUCCGGUCAUAUCUGGUCUCGCGAUUAGAGCGCACCCGUAAAUCGAUGCAGGACCUCACACAGCGGAUGAUGUUAGCCACUUGGCUUACCGAAUUUUAUUUGAGUAAAUGCAACGAGCUCGACGAUCUCGCGGCAUCGUCAUCUGGAUCGUAUGAUGUAGAGAAUGUGAGGACAGAACGAACUAUCCUCGAAGAAGAUCUACGGCAACUCCUUCACACUUACAAAGACAAUUUAGAAUCUAGCACCGUUUACGAACUGACCCGAGGCCAUGGCCGCACCGAUAUGUACCUCUUCUAUGCUACACUGAUUGGCGACUACGAACGCGUGGCGGAGCACUGGAUUCUCGAGGAAGAGUGGACGAAGGCAAUCGAGGUGAUCAGCCAGCAGUCAUCUGUGGACCUCUACUAUCGAUUCGGGCCAGUGCUUAUGUGGCAUGCACCCAAAGAGACUGUCGAUGCAUGGCUGCGACAGUCCGCAUUAGAUCCUCUUCGACUCGUACCUGCACUGCUACAGCUCCAGCAUGCGCCACGGGACCCACUCUUGCCCAACCAAGCUGUUCGUUUCCUCAAUCACGUCAUAUUCGAGCAACAAAAUACUUCUCCGACAAUUCACAACUUGUUGAUAACGUUCUACGCCUCUCCGUACGCCCCUCAAGACGACGGUCCCUUACUUCGCUACCUAUCUACGGCACCAGUGGAUCCUUUAGUGGGUAAGCCCUACUAUGACCUGGACUAUGCAUUACGCCUGUGUGUCGAGGCCAACCGAAUACAACCCUGCGUGCACAUAUACUCCCAAAUGGGGCUCUGGGAGUCCAGUGUCGAUCUCGCGUUGGAGAAAGGUGAUCUAGAGCUGGCGAUGAUGAACGCAGAUAAGCCAGAGGAAGAUCAGCAGUUGCGGAAAAAGCUGUGGUUGAAGAUCGCAAAGUUUGUGGUGCAGGACAAAAAGGAUAUCAAAAUGGCGAUGCGUUUCCUGGAAAACACGGAGCUGCUCAAGAUCGAGGAUAUCUUGCCCUUCUUCCCAGAUUUCGUGGUCAUCGACGACUUCAAAGACGAAAUCGCGAACGCACUGGAGGGCUAUGCGGCACAGAUCGACAGCCUGAAGAGUGAGAUGGAUGAUGCAACACGCAAUGCCGAGUCCAUCAAAGAAUACAUUUCCGAGCUCAGGAACCGCUUCAUUACGAUCGACACCGGCGAGAAAUGCUCUGUUUGCUCAUACCCAUUGUUGACGAGGCAGUUCUACGUGUUCCCUUGUCAACACACUUUCCACGCAGACUGCCUUAUUGGACUAACGAAGGAGUAUCUUCCCGCGCACGCCCUUCGGCGCAUCCUCGCGCUUCAGAACGAACUGAUGACAAGUAACGGAACAGCAAAUCGCUCAAACAUCACACCCUUGACAGGUUCUGCUGGCGUCGCCGCCGGGGCGCGGCAGCCCCCUGUGACGCAGCGCACGUUGCUCUCUUCUAAUUUCGCUGCCCCGAUACAGAACGGCACGCGUGGGCUCGGACGGAACCUGCUCUCCGCCGGAGACCGCCUGCGUGACUUGAUUGUGCCCGACGCGCUCGCGUCUGUGGUGACGGCACCAGCGGGAUGGAUUCCUGGCAUUGGAAGCGGAGGGGGGAAGAGAGGCGGAGUGGCAGAGAAAGACGGUGGGAAGAGGGCGGAAAGAUUGAGAGCAGAACUGGAGGAGAUCCUGGCAGGCACUUGUCCAUUAUGCGAGAGUGUUGUGGCUGGGCUGGAUAAGCCCUUCGUGAAGGAUGGGGAAGGCGAAGCGGGCUGGGAGUUGUGAAACACUUACCCGACUUCGAGAAGUUCGACGAUUCAGAGCCUUUCGCGACUAUACCCUAUUCAGCACGUUCUUACUACCCCUGUGCUCUAUUAUUGUUAUUGAGUGCCAGUGAGGCUGUUUUCCAGUC